AUGGAAUUAAAGAACGCCGAAGAAGUAAAGUUCGAUCAGGAUCUCUGGCUUAUUCAAAUAAAGGAAGGUCUGCAAAUACAUGGCGAGCAAAAAGAAGAAAAGGAGAUUUGCAUAUCCGUUUUUGGUGUGCCCAAGGAGUUGUUGGCAAUGACGCCAGAAGCGUAUAUUCCGCAGUGCGUGUCCAUUGGACCAUAUCACCAUUCUAGAUUACAGCUGUACGAAAUGGAGAGAUAUAAAGUAUCUGCUGUGCGAAGGUUUGAGAAGACGCUAACCGGUGGCUGCAAGUUCGAAUCAGUAGUGGAAGAAGUGAAGAAGUACGACUGGCAGAUCAGGAACUGCUACCACAAAUAUCUCGACUACAAUAAGGAAACCCUGGCAUGGCUUAUGGCUCUUGACGCCUCCUUCGUGCUUGACUGCUUGCAGUUCGAAGUCGAACGGGCAGACCGGCCUUCUUCACAAGUGUCUUCCCACGGUAAGCUACUGGGCAGAGUUUUGGAUCCAACUGGGAGGAGCGCAAUCCACAAUGCGAUUAUGAGAGAUCUGAUGAUGCUAGAGAAUCAGUUACCUUUGUUUCUCUUGCAGAAGCUGCUCGAAAUGGAGUUGGGUUCUCAAGAUAAGGCGGAAGAAAGGCUCUGCAAAUUGGUGACUCGCGCCUGUAAGGAAUGGUCACCAUUUAUGUUGAAGAUGCGGGAUAGUUCAAGGCUGCGUAUAAAAGAGAGGGGUCACAUAUUGGAGGUGCUCUACUACUCUAUUGUCCCUGCUCCAGACAUGGACGAUACCAUUUCUAAGAAGAAUGAUGACGGGAAUGUCCUGUCACCGGAUUCAACGUACAUAAGGCGUGCUCUGAAAGCUUUAUGGAAGGCCCUCUCUUCGUUAGAAAUCAGCCUUGAUCAACUUGUCUCGGCACUCCCUGAGGGUGUGUUGAAAGGAAAGCCGGUCCAGUUGGUGACACAGAUGUCCACGCAUCUUGUUUCCGCUUUUGGAACUCUUUCAAUUAAGCGCAAAGAGGAAAAAGAUGAGGAGAAAGAUGAGGAGAGAGGAUAUUCCUCUGCGGAAACUCCUCCUACGCGUGAUGAAUUAGCGAUUCCCUCCGUCUCCAAUUUAUACUCAGUAGGAGUAAAAUUCCUUCCAACCGAGGGAGACCUUACCACAAUUCGCUUCGACCCGAGGACUGCAACUCUUUAUCUUCCCAAAUUGAGGUUGGAUUCGAGCACGGAAGUAGUUCUCAGGAAUUUGGUGGCGUUCGAAGCUUCGGCGGCUCCUGGUGAUUUGAUCUUCACUCGUUAUAGUGAUUUCAUGAACGGCAUCAUCGACAAAGAGGAAGAUGUUCGGCUUCUGAGAAAAAGCGGGAUUAUCUACAAUCAUCUGGCAGACGACGAGAAAGUGGCAAGACUGUGGAAUGGCUUGGGUAGAUGCGUGAAAUUGACGAAAGUAAAACAUUUGGAUCAAGUUAUAGCGGAUGUCAACAAGCAUUAUCACAAGAGAUGGCCCGUUGCCGUUAAGAAGAACAUAAGCAAAUACAUAUUUGGUUCAUGGAAGCUCCUCACUGUUGUGGCCGCAGGGAUACUUUUGCUUCUGACUUGCUUAGAGGCCUUUUGUUCUGUGUAUGAGUGUAAACAUUGGUGGAACAACACUAGUUAAUUAGAGGAACUUAAUCUCGUAUAACUAUUUACGAAUCCAGAUGGCCGUUUCUUCCUCUUUGAUAGACCGAUUUCAAUUUGCCUUGGAGCAUUUUGUUUACAGGGCGUGUUGAUGCGGAGCACUAGUCUACCAGUCAUUCACGUUCAGUUGUGGGUGACUAUUUUUUGGGUCCUUUUGGGGCUUAACUAUAAGUUUUUAGUCGUUUAUUCAACUAGCUGUCUUGACUGAUCUUCUUUGUAACAGCUGUCCCAUGAUUUGGUUAAUGUAGAGUUUUGUUGAGUUACUUUAGUAGCCUUUUUUAGCAAUUUGGAAGGGUACGUAGGAGUGAAAUAAGGCAAAGAUUCUCCAUUUAAGGAGCUGUUUGCAUUGUAAUCUCUAUGGGGGAGUUUAGGAUUAGUCACUGAAUAAAAUGGGAUUGGCUGAUAAUUGUAGGAAUUAGUUAUUUUUGG